CCGUGUACCACUUCUAGAGCUAUCCAUUAGUUACUCCUACGUGGGUGCUCACGCUUAAGCCUUAGCACGGCCACCACCUCACAUCCGCAUCCACCAGCCCAUCCAGCCCCGUCCAAACGUCAACCCAUCCGCCGACACCGCCCGCGCUCGCGACACUCUGUCUCUGCCUUCGCACCCGUUUCUACAAUCUCCUGGAGCUUUCGGAAUGGCGACAGCGCCCUGAAUCAACUUGCGCUCCUGCCUAACAGUCUCCUUGACUCUCCCGUCAACCGUCCUUGCCCCUCCCAAGACCCCCACCAGCCACCACUCAAUCCUCGUCCCUCGUCCCUCGGUACCACUGGAGCUCCAUCUCCGCCACAGCCUCUCCAACUAGGCGCCAGCUUAACAACGCUGCAGUUUGCCCGCAACCUCGCAAACAAUCUAUCGCCAUGUGGAACGACGAAGAUAACAACCCGUACGGGACCAGCUUCGACCGCCGCGACUCGCAAACAUCCUCCACCGCAAACCCGACUUCCCCGACAACUCGUGAAUACCGAUCCUUCGAACCCCCUCACACUCCAACUUCUGGCAGCGAUGACGAGCAGCCGCAGUUUGGCCACGCCGCCGGUCAUAUCGACAGCGAUGACGACGUAGUGUCGAGAGAUGAUGCUGGCCCCCGGCGCAAGCCUGGCGGCUAUGACAGUCGCAUCGAGCAGAUCCUCUACGAGAAUCCCGACUUACCCAUCGUCAUUACCGACGCUGGCAAGAGCCUCGAGAGCGGCGGCAGAUACAUUGUGUACACCAUCAAGACCGGGGAUCUAGAGGUUCGACGCCGAUAUUCUGAAUUCGCCUCCCUCCGCGACGCCUUGACCCGCCUCCAUCCCACUCUCGUCAUUCCCCCCAUCCCGGAGAAGCAUACCAUGGCCGACUAUGCCGCGAACCCGACAAAUGCGAAACAGGACCAACAGAUUAUCGAUCUGCGAAAGCGUAUGCUAGCGGUCUUCCUGAACCGUUGUCGCCGGAUGGAUAUUGUCAGAACAGAUGGAGUUUGGUGGAGGUUUCUCGAUCCCAACGCCAGCUGGAGCGAGGUUCUCCAUUCCCAUCCAGUAGCAUCGAUUCCGAAAUCAGUGCUGAAAGCACCGCCCUUGGAUACAGCAAACCCUUCUAUUGCCCACAACUAUCUCCCCAUUCCUCCAGUGUCGGCAAAGCUGAAGACAAUUGCUGGACCGAAUCACGACAACAGCUCGGGGGCUAUUCAGGCAGGCCCUCAUGCCUUCGGUCGAUUCCCGCCCGAAUCUCACAACUUGAGUGAACAAGAACUUGAUCCAUACUUCAUCUCCUACGAGGCCUCAAUCAAAGAGAUGGAACUCCUCCUGACCGGUCCAAUGGAAAAAGUCAAUCGUCGGACGCUCAAUCACUUGUCGUCUCUGGCAGCCGAUCUUUGCGAGCUAGGGUCUGUAUACAAUGGAUUUGCCGUCUCGGAACAAGCUCCAUCCCUCGGUCCAGCCAUUGAGCGAGUCGGCCAAGCCGCAGACUUGUCGUACAUUGCAACCGAGGAAUUAUCAGGGUCUCUUGGGGCGAGUUUCGCCGAGCCGAUGCGGGAGAACGCGCAGUUCGCUGGCGUUGUUCGGAAUGUUCUCAGAUACAGGGUUCUCAAGCGUGUGCAGCAGGACUUGACAAGUGAGGAACUAAACAAGAAGAGAGCACUUCUCGACCAGUUAGAACGCACCGAGGCCGAAGCGCGGCGCAUCGAAAACUAUCUGUCAGGUAGCCAACAAAUCUCUCCGCCGCCCAAGAGAUCAACAAGUCUUAAGGAGCCCAGCUCCCAGUAUAGACGCGAUGGCGGCAGCGAGGACACUGAAUCCAUCGACUCCGAUUUCCCUCCAACACACGGCGACUUUCCAACGACACCUUCAGCGAGUCAAGGACUUCCCGAGCGGAGCACUAGCGUACCCUCACAUAAGAAGAUGCCAAGUGGAAACUCGAUAACGAACAAGAUCUUCGGUCCCAUUCGCCAUGCCGUGCAGGGCGUCGUGGACGUUGACCCUGAGCGAACACGACGAGACACAAUCGGAAAGACAAGAGAAAGUAUUGGGCAGUUGGAACAAGCGCAGGUCGCGGCCGAGCGAGACGUCAAGGAUGCCAGCGCAAGCGUCUUGAAGGAUCUGAAGCGGUUUCAGAAGGACAAGGAAGAAGACUUGCGGCGAUACAUGCUGGCUUAUGCCCAGAGUCAAAUCGAGUGGGCAAAGAAGAGCAAGCUGCAAUGGGAAGAAGCUAGGGCCGAAGUGGAGAAGAUUGAUGAGGCAUGAUGUGCCUGCUUCUGUAUUGAUCAGCGAGUUUGACUUGGAGAAUGAGCAAGGAGAUAAAAAGGUAAACUACAUUAAUUCACGGAGCUGACGGCUCUCUUCGUCGUGGCAUUCAUGGGGAUGUAAGGGUGUCGAAGAGCCCCUGGCAUUGAUUGGAACAAGGCCCACGGAUGUGGCCAGGUCUGCUUUGUUAGAGAUUCCUAAUAGUUCUCGAGGACUCCGAGUUCCAUUCAACAUGAGAGUGUGAGAUUCGUUAUUGCCCCAUAUAUUUCUUUCUUGGUCCACGUCAAGACAGCUCGGUUGCCUGUUGGUUACCUAGAUUGACGCAACUUGGUGGUCACUGCGAGAGCGAGACGCAUGCAGGUGAUCAGUUUAGGAGAGGCGUUGUAGCAUUCUAACAAUGAAUUUGCACUUUGAUGAUAG